UUUUGGUUUUGGACGGAGUUUUGGACAGGUUUUGGAUAUGAUGUCCAAAAACCAAAACUGUCCAAUUUCCCAGCACUGCUCUAACCCACAGAAAGAAUUGAAUAAUCAACAAGAACAAGAAAUACAAGUCAGAGUUUUAACACCAGUAAUAUCAGAAUUGAUCGAAGAAAACCAAAUUAGUAUCACAUAUAAAAAUAAGAACGCCGAACAAAGAAUAUCAAGUAAUACUAGAAAUAGAUUUAUUAAUUUAUUUGCUGGUAUGGGAAAAAAACAAAAUAAAAAAUAA